AUGUACACACUUAAGCAUUCUCGAGCCAUUGCCUCACUCAAAUCCGAGGUGAUCUUAGACAAAAUGUGCCCCGGUCCUCGGAAGUCGAGCUGGGUGUACGGUUACGAAUGUUCGCCGCCUCCGCGCGUUUUCGGGUGGUGGAGCAUCCUACAAGGGUAUUUUCUCAUCAAACUUAGGGCACCAAUAAGGUUACUCAAAAUACUACACGUUGUUCAUAGGACACUGCUUUACACGAUAAAACCAGAAAUAGAUACCGCAAUAGUUGACCUUAGUUAA